UAAUCCAUCAGCCGUUCUCUCGCCUUCUCAUAACGGUCGCGCCUUCCAUCACAGCUCUCUCAUCACCGGUCGCGCCUUCCAUCACAGCUCUCUCAUCACGCCUUCUCAUCCCAGCUCUCUCAGCCGUUCUGUCGCCCAUCACAGCUCUCUUAUCACGGUCUCGCCCUUCCAUCACCGGUCGCACCUUCCAUCACAGCUCUCUCAUCACGCCGUUCUCUCGCCCAUCUCAGCCGUUCUCUCGCCUUCCAUCACAGUUCUCUCAUCACGGUCUAGCCCUUCCAUCACCGGUCAACGAUUCGAACUUCUUCAAGUGAAAGCUUGAACCAUCACUCUCUCUGUCUUCCUAUUCCCAACAUAACCAUUCCUAUUCUAGACAUCAUCUAAGUAGAUUUUGAAGCAAUUCGGCUUCGAGUGCGUAGGGGAAGAAGUGUCGUCAUCAAGCCGGGAAUACGGAAACAGCCAAAGCAGUAAACAAGAUCAGGAGGAAAUAAUCGAUCGUAGCUUGGAUUGUUGGAACAAGUUUUGUCGUUGAUUAGUCUGAUUUCGUUUUUUAGGAAGGAUAAAUAAUAAGCUGACAAUGAAACGAAUGGUUAGAGAAGUGGAAAAAGUGAGUGAACAAAAUCCCGAAGCUUCAACUUCAAAAUCAUCCCAACCACCGCCGAAGAAGAGACGGGGCCCGACAUGAUGCAAGAAUGUCGUAACCGCGACAACCUUAUUACCAUUAAGGGUUAAUAAGUUUGGACAACCGAUCGGCCCUGGAAGUGGUACAUAUACUAAUUAUUUGGGAACACUUGCCCGGAAUGCUAAUUUAGCUCCUUUGUGCUAAAAAACUUGGUGGGAGAUGCCUAAACGGCUGAAGUAGGAUAUGUGGAACGUUGUAAAGGGAAAGUAUGAUGUGGGAAUCAUGUCAAAACAUUGGACAAUAUCCUUCAUCGGAAAAAAAUGGAGGGAGUACAAGUGUGAAUUAAAAAGUGAAUAUUUCUCAGUUAGGGAUACAGAUGCAGAAAGAUUGGUAAACCCACCACCUAAUGUUGAAAAGGAGCAUUGGGAAUUUUUGGUUAGGCAUUGGGGUACGCCUAUGGCGAAGGAGGUUAGUAAAAAAAACAAUGAACGCCAUGGGAAGCAAACAAUGAUGCAUACUACAGGGACAAAAAGCUUUGCACGUGUUUCUGCCGAGAUUGAGGAAGACGAAGGUAUUCAGUUUUCUCAUGCAGAUUUAUUCAUUUGCACACAUAUAAAUAAGGAUGGCAAAGCUAUUGAUGCUGCUGCUUCAGAGAUGAUUGAAAACAUAAAAGAACUUCAAAAAAGUUACUCUGACUCGCCUAUUGGCAGUUCCAAUGAUUUGUUCUCCAUUGUGAGAGGAGAAGAGAGAACUGGUCGUGUGCGGAUGCUUGGCUUCGGGCCUACAUCAAGCAAUGUUUGAGGGCCCUCUCCUAGUAAAGUUGAACUAAUUAAUAAUGCGAAAAAAUCUAAUGAGGAGGCACAUGCUACACGCGUAGAAUUGCAGGAGAGCAUUCCAAAAAUGCAAGCCGAGUAUGAUAAGAAGUUGGAAAAUUUACGAGCCAUCUAUGAUAACAAAUUGGAAAAUUUACAACAACAGGUGGCUAUGUUAAUGCAGAUGCAACAACAAAAUUGUAGUGGACAGGUAUAUUUAUUAUUAGUUUUACUCUUUACUAAAUAUAUGUUUACUUAUGCCAAGAUUUCAUGUAUUUUGUUUUCUUAUUUUGAAGGGUUCUGAUUCUUUAAAUGCUCCUCUUAGAGUAUCCCCAAAUUCAUUUUAUAUUCGUGAUGCCAAUUCAGUUAAAGUUAUGAACUUUUAAUUUCUCUUAUAUAUAUGUUAAAUUUUCAUUUAUUAUAAUGUAUGCGUAAUGAAUUUAUAAAAAAUGUAGGGUAAUUCAAAUCAAAUGGGCAACAAGACUUGUUGAAGUUGAAGAUGGGGUCGUGGCUGUGCUUUCUGAAUUUCCUUCGCCUUGGAUGGGUUCUUUUUGGCAGGUUAACUUGUGGUCGUAUUAGUAUACAUUUUUGCUUUUUGGUUGACAUUUAUCAGCUUAACUUGUGGUUGUAUUAGUAGCCAAUUUUGAUGGUAAUUUUCAUAUUGGCAUGGUUAACUUUGUGGUUGUAUUAUGUAAAAACAAUUUGGAUGGUAUUUUUAUAUUAACUUGUGUUAUAUUUGAUGACA